GAAGGUUUUUGGGUCGAAUCCCGGCCCUGCCGCGCCCUGUGUUUCAUCAAGGUGUACUAAGAACACCGGCAGCUAAAUAAAGGUUAAUAACCCUACGAUGGACUGGCGUCCCGACCCACGGUGUACCCCUCUGAGCCACGCGCUCUGAUUGUGUGAUAGGCUCCGGAGCGCCGCGACCCUGACGAGGAGGCGCACUUAAUGAAAAUUCAAGGCUGGGCUCAGUGUCCACCCCUUUCGUGCCUGUUCCACACCCAGAGGAAGGGUAAAAAAUGCAAGACUGAAGAGAAAGACUUCCAUUGUCUUCUUUGCAUCGACGCGAUGCUCAUGGAGCGCCCCGACUCCGAGCACCUGGGGGAUACAGCAGCAAAGAGUUUCAAAAGUAAUCCCAGCCCCACCGAGGACCCCCGGCCAAAAGGCUUUACGGCCUCCGCUCUAUUAGCGAGAAAAGGUUCUAGCCAGCACGUGGGAUUUGGCUAUCGAGAGACAGAGGAGCAGAUCUUGGGAGCCUCGGAAAACGCAGGAGAGCAGGUCGACUCGCUGUACAGAACGGCAGAGGGGGGUCAGCUGCACCUGCUUGAAGAAACUCCACUUCAGAUGUACAACGUGGCCACCCAGUGGCCCUUGGUGAGGGACACUUGCCACAAUGUUGCUCAGACCAUCAACGGCUUCUCGAUCUUACCUGCGGUGAGACCUGCCGGGUCUUGUAAUCCUAGGAGCCCCAGCACACCGGAGAAGAGUGAGACCGCCUUUGGCCGAGCUACCUCUCACAGGCUGGCAGCAGAGGCCGGGCCGCCAGCGACGGGGGAGAAGGCCGGUGCCGAGAGAAGCCAGGAAAUCACAGCAGACAUGCUUGCAGGGACUGCAGCCUCGGAGAAUGGCACUCGACCCCUUCCUUGCAGCUGGCCCCUGCACCCUGGUAGGAACUUGCUGACCACCUUCAGUGUGUGUGUCCCCAAGGGUGAAGAACCACCCUUCAGCUCUCUUGUGGGCACAGUGCCACGGGUGAUCUACCCCUUUGGAAGAUACGUCAAGCAAGAGGACCUGAGCACAGUGGCCGGUGGCAACGGCCAGAGCCAAAAAUUUUACGGUGGACUCAAAUCGAAAACCAUGAAACGACCAGAGCCACAGCUGCCUCUACUGUUUGGCACCAGGGUUGCAAUACAAGCGUCUAGUCACCGCCUACUGUGAAUACUCAUGAGUGUGUGCGCGCGUGUGUGUGUGUGUGUGUGUGUGUGCUCGUUCAGCACUAGGCUGUAUGGUCAAUGUCCAGUUCUUCAUUGACUUCUGAUUAAAGUGGGGAUUUUUUUGAAAACAUACACAAAUAUUAGUAUUACUACAGCCAUCGAAACUUGGCACAAUAGGGCACAGGGACCAGAAUAAAGGGUGCAAAUCAUUUAACAUACUAGGCAACUUCACCUUGAUUCCUUUUGCAAAUUCUGAGCUGCAUGAAUGAUACUUUUGAAACACUGAAUAAAGAUGGUGAAAUUGAACACCGCACUUCUAAAGUGGGCUUAUGAACAAGGCUUUGAACAAGCCUAGGAUGUUUUUGUAAACGUAGUCGUACUUUUCCAGAUGCGUUACUGGAAAGCCACGACAUUGGAAGAGCACAAGUUCAAGUACUGCAGCCAGCGAGUACUUAGUUCACACAUACUAUUAUUUAAAAUUAUUCCCAACUCAUAGGAAGCACAGAGCUUUCAAAAUAUUUAACGCAAGAUGAAGACAAAGAAAAGGACAGGUGAAAACAUCUACGCAUGAGCAAUUUUCAAACUGUGAUGGAUUACAUAAGGCUUCACUGCUGGGCUCACCACUCCAGAUGAGCAUUUGUGGUUGCUAAGCAACUGCAUUCCCUCUUCACAAAAGCUUACAUUUCACAUGUUUGAGGCAAGAGUGCUACAAAUAGUCAAAAUUUCCAGUGAUCCUCAAAUCAGUAACAAGUGGGACCAGAAGACCAUAAUUUGUUUUGCUUGUAACUCCAAAUUCACAUUUAUCUCCAAGUCACAAUCAGUAAAAGUUUAAUACAGGCAUGUAUCUUUUAUUUGCACAUUAGGUUCUGUAAAAACCUCAAGAUACAGCUACAAUUAAAAAAAGCUUAAAAUUAAUAUUACUGAAGAGAAUUACUUUGUCAUCUCCACAGUAACAGUACACCUUUGCCUUACAGGAACUGUGACAUCAAUCACCACAAACCCCAGCAGUUUGCCAUAAAUGAAAGUUAGGUGGUGUCACUGUCACCUUUGGGUGCGUAAAUAGUUACACCUCAUCUUCUACAAACUAAAAGAAAAUAUGUAAAUUGAGGGGGGUGACAAAAUGUUUGCAACUUCAGAGGAACCAGUGGAUCAUACAAUUUGGUGGUUAAGUACUAUGCAGUUUUAGCCAUCCCUUGAGAAGCGCCAGGAAUAGUAUGGAAGAUGCCCACACUGUUGUAAGACCUGGCAUUUUAACUUCUUACCAUUUUUCCUGAAGCCAUAAAGAAGUCAAACUUGAGAAAUUAAGUAAAUUCACCUUUAAAAUGUUUGCUAUUUUCAAUAUUUUUACCAAUAUUGUCCAAUAAAUUUUGACAAGUUUAAAAGUAGGAAAAAUCUUGUCACAAAUGUAUAGUAACCAACUACAACAACAGCUUGUCCUGAGCGGGAUCGCAGCGAGCCGGAGCCUCACCCGGCGGCGCAGGGCACGUGUUGGACGGGAUGCCAGUCCACCG